AUGAGCUCGGCCGUCGGCCCCGCCGCGCUACCCGCGGGCUCCAGCAGCCGGGCCCUGCAUGUGGAGCUGCCCUCGCAGCAGCGGCGGCUUCGUCACCUACGGAAUAUUGCUGCACGUAACAUUGUUAAUAGGAAUGGUUAUUGCCUUCUGGAUACCUACUUCACCCUUCAUUUGUGUGAUAACACUAAGAUAUGUAAAGAAUUUUAUAGGAGUGAAGUGAUCAAGAACUCCCUGAAUCCAACAUGGAGGAGUCUUGACUUUGGAAUCAUGCCUGAUCGCCUCGAUACAUCUGUGUCAUGCUUUUUGGUGAGGAUCUGGGGUGGCAAGAAAGAGCUCUAUCAGCUGUUGAUCGAAUGGAAAGUCAAUCUAGAUGGACUAAAAUACUUGGGUCAGCAGAUACAUGCUCGAAACCCAAAUGAAAUAAUUUUUGGGUUGAACGAUGGCUAUUACGGAGCUUCAUUUGAACAGAAGGACCAUUCAGGCACCCAGAAGAGUAGUCUUCUCCAGGUGGAUCAGAACUGUGUCCGUAACUCGUAUGAUGUCUUCUCGUUGCUUAGGCUUCAUAGAGCCCAGUGUGCAAUUAAACAGACUCAGGUAACUGUUCAGAAAAUAGGAAGGGAGAUUGAAGAAAAACUGAGACUUACAUCCACAAGCAAUGAACUGAAAAAAAAGAGUGAGUGUUUACAGUUGAAAAUUUUGGUGCUUCGGCAUGAGCUGGAGAGGCAGAAGAAGGCACUGGGUCGAGAGGUGGCCUUGCUGCAUAAGGAACAAAAUAUGUUACUUGACAAAGGAAAGGCAUUUGAGACUGAAUACCAGAGGCUUCAAAUGCAUAAAGAAUCCCUGCAUGAGUUGAGAAAAGAAUGCACUGCUAAGAGAGAACUGUUCUUGAAGACCAAUGCACAGUUGACCAUUCGAUGCAGGCAGUUGUUAUCAGAGCUUUCCUAUAUUUACUCUAUUGAUUUGAACGAUCAAAAGGAUUACUUCGUCUGCGGAGUCAAGCUGCCUAAUUCUGAAGACUUUCAAGCAAAAGAUGAUGGAAGCAUUGCUGUUGCCCUGGGCUACACUGCACACUUGGUCUCAAUGAUUUCCUUCUUUCUACAAGUGCCACUCAGGUAUCCCAUAAUUCACAAAGGUUCCAGAUCUGCAAUCAAAGAUAAUAUCAACGACAAACUGACAGAGAAAGAGCGAGAGUUUCCACUGUAUCCAAAGGGAGGAGAGAGACUUCAAUUUGAUUAUGGAGUUUACCUUCUCAACAAAAAUAUAGCACAGCUUAGAUAUCAACAUGGAUUGGGUACUCCAGACCUAAGGCAAACUCUUCCUAACCUGAAAAACUUCAUGGAGCAUGGGCUAAUGGUCAGAUGUGAUCGGCAUCAUAUUUCUAGUGCAAUUCCAGUUCCAAAGAGACAAAGUUCUACCUUCGGGGGCUUGGCUGUUGGCUUAUCUACUGGGCCUCCUUCCCCAGAUAAGGGACACCGGGAACGGGCCAGCUCAGAGAAUGAAAGACUACAGUACAAAACCCCCCCUCCUAGUUAUAACUCUGCAUUAGCACAGCCUGUUGCCAUUGCAGCCCCUGUAGAAGAGUCGGAUAAAAAAUCUGGAUCGCUAACCUCAUCCUUAGAUACCUCCAUGGACUUCUCAAAAGAAACCAACAAAAAAGGAGAGGAUUUGUGUGACAGUUUAAAUGCAGAAAAUGGGAGUCUGAAUAAUGUCCAAGACCAGCAGGAGUCUUUCCUGGGACGUACUAGUGCAAUAAAUGGAACAUUUCUGCCUAGUGAAUGCACUGGCAGUGCAAGCAGUGAGCAGCCAUGUGAGUUCCGUUCUCCCCUCAGCACUGAUCUUUGUUGCACCGUCGAGCAAGCAGAGGAAAUCAUUGGGAUGGAAGCAACAGGAUUCAGCACCGGAGAUCAGCUAGAAGCCUUUAACUGCAUCCCGGUGGACCAUGCUGUAGCAGUGGAAUGUGAUGAUCAAGUUCUAGGGGAGUUUGAGGAGUUCUCCCGAAGGAUCUAUGCACUGAACGAAAACAUGUCCAGCUUUCGCAGACCGCGCAAAAGUUCGGACAAGUAAGCUUCAACAGGAAUUCGGUAGUGGACGGUACCACGGUGAUAUCAGCGAUCUGAAAUGAAGAUAAAGUUGCACUUCUAAUCCUUUGUGUUAAUUAUGGAAAAAUGAUUAAAGCUGUUCCUUUGGUGUUGGAAAAUGAAUUUUGUAACAGAGUGAUAACAAAGGAUCAUGGUAUAUUCACUGUCCAGGUAAACUUUGACUCUGCUUCCAGUCCUUUCUUUGUCUGGUAUUUAUAAGCUGUUUUUCAGGUACCAGAGUCC